AUGGCUCUUUCUACUGGAAUCUUCUCUACCUUCCUCUGCGUCAAAACGGCGCCGUUACGCAGCUCGCCGUCCCUCUCUCUUUCCCCUCAUCCGGCAAACCUGCGCAUGGUGCGAGUCGUGACAUCCGCGACGGCGGCGUCCUCCGAGCCGUCAGCCACCAAGACUCGGGAGCCACGUGGCAUCAUGAAGCCUCGACCAGUGUCCCCCGAGAUGCAGGACGUGGUUGGUGAGUCGGUGAUUCCUCGCACGCAGGCUCUUAAGCGCAUUUGGGCCUACAUCAAGGAACACGACCUUCAGGAUCCACAAGACAAGAAGGUUAUAAUCUGCGACGAGAAGCUGAAGAAGAUAUUCGCAGGCAAAGACCGUGUCGGCUUCUUGGAGAUUGCAAAGCUCAUCGGUCCUCACUUCCUCUGA